AUGAGGUUGAGAAUGGCAGAGCUUUCCAAAUUGCCACAAGAGAUGAAGGUGCGAAUCCUGUCAAGGCUGCCUCCAAAAUCUCUUAUGCGAUUCAAAUGCGUCCAUAGAUCCUGGCAUGCUUGGAUCAGUAGCCCCAAUUUCGCAGCCAAACACGUCUCCGUUUCGAAGCACAACAAAUUCUCCUCCAUCACUACCAUUCUUUUCAAACGUUAUGUUCUUGACCUCAACACUGACAAGAGGGAAAUGGUAUUGUCAUUGUUUGAUCUUUGCCAUGAUAAUAAUUGUGUUGAUGAUGACGAUCACCUUAAUCCUUUAAUGGAGGACCUCCAUGUUCCGCAGUCUAUGGGUCUAAAAAGGAGGGACAUAUGGACCGGGAUCGAGUAUAUAGAAAUUGCAUGUCACUGCAAUGGAAUCAUUUGCUUAACCGAUUACAGGAAAAGAGUUGUUUUAUGCAAUCCAGCAAUUAAGGAAUUCAACCGUCUUCCAGUGUCAAGUCUUGCUCUCUCUUCUGCUGAUAUUAGGCCCAGUGGGUCAUCUACAGCUGCUGUAGGAUUUGGCUGUGAUCUCAAAUCUGAAGAAUACAAAGUUGUUAGAAUUUUACAUUCUGCACGAGAGUUUAAAGAUAAAGACAUGGUCAUACAUCCUCCCAGAGCAGAAGUAUUCAGCCUCGUUACAAGGUCUUGGAAAGAAAUCAAGACUGAUAAUCUUGACAAUGAAAGUACAAAUAUUUGGCCCGAUUCAACUGUCUGCAUAUACUGUAAAGGAAAUCUUUAUUGGCGUGGACAUGAAGAACAGAAGGAAUAUUUUGAUGUUAGCUACUCCUAUACAGACGAGGACAAUAAUUCAGGAGAUGAAACUUUUAUAUUCGAGGACAAAGAGCGGAUCAUUGCAUUUGACAUUGGCAGUGAGACAUUUCAUGUUAUAUCUUUUCCAAAUGGUUAUUAUUACUAUCAUAAGGUUUUUGGCUUGUGGAAUGACUCCAUCGCAGUGAGUACUAGUUGGUGUUCGGAAAAUCCAUGCAUAGACAUAUGGGUGCUGGAUAACAUUGGUGGGGUUAAGGGGUCGUGGAUAAACUGCUUAUCCAUUGAUCCAGUUGUGAACAUUGAAUUUCCAUUGGCAUUUGUUGGGAAGAGUGGGCAAUCCCUUUUGGUUGCCGUGGAUCGUUGUGUAGUAAUUUUGUGUGACUAUACUACCUCAAAAUUGAAGUAUCUUCCUGUUAAUGGAGUGUCUCUCUGGAACUCUCAAGCUCUUUUUUACGUGAAUAGUGUAGUUUCAGUGAAGGGAUACACUGAUUGUAGCGAUAGAAUUCCUAACCUUGUUCUGGAAGCUUGA